CAGGACUAACAAGUCCCAUGGGCCCAUUAACUACUUCGACGUGCGAGCCAUUUUCCCGCCAUUUACUGAUGAUCAAAAGGGUAGUGUUCCUUCUCUCUCUCUCUCUGCAAACUCACUCUCUCAUUCCUUGAGCUUGGCAAUGGCUUCUUCCAAACCCUUGACGGAGUUCUUCCAACCCGCCAAGCGGUUGAAGGUCCUUCCAUCCUCCGAAACCCUAUCUUCCAAAUCCAUCAUUUCCUCUCUCUGCCACACCUCUGCUAGCGACCCUGACAAGACCGACGACGGUUGUCUCCGAAGCAACUCUCCUUCCAGUCUCACCGUCGAGCAGAAAACCAGGAUUGAGUUUAACAAAUCUCUCGCAAGAUGGAAACGCAACCUCAGAAUCUGCACCGAGAGAGUCUCCAAGUCCAAAGAUGAUGGAGUGGAUUAUUUGAAACUGGAGGGUCUCUUGGUUGAGGAGACGUGGUUGGAAGCUCUUCCUGGAGAGCUUGAGAAACCCUAUGCGAAGAAUCUGUGCAAAUUUGUUGAAAGUGAACUGCGUGGAAGUGUUCCAAUCUACCCGCCUUCUCAUCUAAUUUUCAAUGCUCUUCAUUCGACCCCUUUCGACAGGCUCAAAGUUGUGAUCCUUGGCCAGGAUCCUUAUCAUGGACCUGGUCAAGCAAUGGGCCUUGCUUUCUCAGUGCCAGAGGGAGUCAAGGCCCCUUCUAGUCUGGUUAAUAUAUUCAAGGAUCUUCAACAAGAUCUGGGCUGUUCUAUUCCGUCUCAUGGGAAUUUAGAACGAUGGGCAAUACAGGGUGUUUUAUUACUCAACACUGUACUCACUGUGAGGCAUCAUGAUGCUAAUUCUCAUGCAAAGAAGGGGUGGGAAUCAUUUACUGAUGCUGUUAUCUGUGCAAUCUCUCAAAAGAAAAGUGGAGUUGUAUUUCUUCUUUGGGGGAACUCUGCUCAGAAGAAAUCCAGAUUGAUUGAUGAGUCAAAGCACCACAUUCUCAGAGCUGCUCAUCCUUCUGGUUUAUCCGCAAACAGAGGUUUCUUUGGGUGCAGGCAUUUUUCUAAGACAAAUCAGAUUUUGGAGAAAAUGGGUAUUCUCCCCAUCGAUUGGCAACUAUAGCUAUGCAGGGUGCUGACUCUCAUUUUUUUGACUUCUUUUUGUGUACAUGUUCAUCUAAGUUGUUUUUAGCUCUCCUGGAUGAUGAAGAUUGGUACAUUUUCGUAUUUACUUGGCUGGUAUUUAAACUUGUCUUUAUAAUAUUACUUGAAAACAGAAUCUUUCUAACCCUUCAUGAAUACAAUCUGCUGAUUUCACCA